UGCAAUACGUCAUCGAAACGUUCAGUAAAAUUAUAACAUGGCUGCUCCCAUGAAAUACGAAGUUUUGGAAGUUGAAUAUUUUGGACUUUACUUGAUUAUAGUUUAAAUUAGUUACAGUUUUAGGUAGACUAUGGCAUCCAUGUUAGAAACAUGGGUUAAUGAUAAGCUCCAUGAUAUAUUGGGAAUAUCAGACAAAUAUAUUUCCCAAUAUCUCCUUGGUUUGGCGAAAAAGGCAACUGGUCCCAAUGAUUUUAUCGACAAAAUUCGCGAAACUGGAACAGUGGAAAUCGACACAAACAUGUUGAAUUUUGCACAUGAGUUGUGGCAAAAGAUGCCCCAAAAAGUUGUUGCAGAGAAAAGUUCUCGCAUUCUAGAAAGACAAGCACUGGAAAUACAAAAGAAAAACAGUAGCUAUCAGCUAUUGGACAGUGACAGUGAGGACGAAAAUUAUGCUGUUCCAUCAAAGAAAUCAAAAUCUGACAAGAAGAAACAGUACAGAAAAAAGCAGGAAUCUUCAUCUGAAAGCAGCAGUGAGGAAGAAAACUUGGAUAAAGAUGACGAUAGAGAUGAAACAGAGGAGGAUUCAGAGGAAGAAAUGGAGAAAGACAGACUGAAAGAUCUGGAGGAGAGGGACAAAUUUGCUGAACGCCUAAAAACAAAGGAUAAAGAUAAACAGAGAUCUGUCAUGUCUAAGUCUGAGAAAAGGGCGUAUGAAGAAGCAAGAAAGAGGCUGGAAAUGGAAGCAGAAGACAGGAAGAAGAUAAUUCCGGAGCUGAGGAAGAAGUCAAGGAGGGAUUACCUGAAGAAAAGAAACGUCGACAAACUGGAUGACCUGGAGGCGGAGUUAAUGGACGAGGAGUACUUGUUUGGAGACACAGAACUUACAGAGAGAGAGAAAAGGGAAAGAGAAUAUAAGAAAACAGUCCUCAAAUUAGCCAAAGAUCACCACAAAGCUCGAGAGGGAGAGAAGAUUAAUCGCUAUUACAUGCCGAAAGAUGAUGUCAAACCAUCAGAUAAAUAUGAAGAGGACCUUACAGAAAAAGGGCCAAAUUAUGAACAGAAGCGAUGGGAGGAGGAGCAUGUCGGGGCAGCUAUAAUGAAGUUUGGAGCAAAAGAUGCCAAGGCAAAAAGUAAACAGAAAGAGUAUGACUUUAUCAUGGAUGAAGAAAUAGAAUUUGUACAAGUGUUGCAAAUGCCUGGAACAAGGAAAAAUAAGGAUGAACCAGAAAUAACCGAGGCCCAACUGAAGAAAAUGACGAUUGAGGAAACCCAGAAAAGUCUACCAGUGUACCCCUUCAAGCAGGAUUUGAUUGAUGCCAUACGUGAACAUCAGGUCCUCAUCAUAGAGGGAGAGACAGGGUCAGGGAAGACAACUCAGAUCCCCCAGUUUCUGCAUCAUGCAGGCUUUACAAAAAAUGACAUGAAAAUAGGAUGUACCCAACCACGUCGAGUAGCUGCAAUGUCAGUAGCAUCCAGAGUAGCAGAAGAGAUGGGAUACAAACUUGGCAAUGAAGUUGGCUACAGUAUUCGAUUUGAAGACUGUACAUCUGAGAGAACCAUGAUCAAAUACAUGACAGACGGAAUGCUGCUGCGUGAAUUCUUGGGAGAACCAGAUCUGGCUAGUUACAGUGUAAUGAUCAUUGACGAGGCCCACGAGCGAACACUUCACACAGACGUCUUGUUUGGUUUAGUGAAGGACAUAGCAAGAUUCAGACCUGAUCUCAAACUUCUCAUCUCCAGUGCCACUUUAGAUGCAGAAAAAUUCUCCGAGUUCUUUGACGAUGCUCCCAUUUUCCGUAUUCCUGGUCGGAGAUUUCCUGUUGAUAUCUACUAUACGAAGGCCCCAGAGGCAGAUUAUCUGGAUGCCGCUGUGGUGUCAGUGCUACAGAUACACGUCACCCAGCCCUCAGGGGACAUUCUGGUGUUCCUCACAGGUCAAGAGGAGAUAGAGACAGCCAAUGAAAUGUUACAGGAAAGAACCAAAAAACUUGGCAGCAAAAUCAAGGAACUGAUCAUCCUGCCCAUCUAUGCCAAUCUACCCUCUGACAUGCAGUCCAAGAUAUUUGAACCAACUCCUCCUGGAGCAAGAAAGGUUAUUUUGGCCACAAAUAUUGCAGAGACUUCUCUUACAAUAGAUGGCAUCAAAUAUGUGAUUGAUCCAGGAUUCUGCAAACAGAACAGUUACAAUGCCAGGACAGGGAUGGAAUCUCUGAUAGUCACCCCUAUCUCUAAGGCUUCCUCCAAUCAGAGAGCAGGGAGAGCUGGUCGAGUUUCAGCAGGGAAAUGCUUCAGAUUGUACACAGCUUGGGCCUAUAAACACGAGCUGGAGGAUAAUACUGUCCCUGAAAUUCAGAGGACCAACCUGGGAAAUGUGGUGUUACUGCUUAAGAGUCUGGGGAUCAAUGACUUGAUCCACUUUGAUUUCAUGGACCCCCCUCCCCAUGAGACCCUAGUGCUGGCCCUUGAACAGCUCUAUGCUCUGGGAGCUUUAAAUCACAGAGGGGAGUUGACCAAACUGGGAAGAAAAAUGGCUGAAUUUCCUGUGGAUCCUAUGUUAUCCAAAUGUAUUUUGGCUUCAGAACAAUACAAAUGUGCCAAAGAAAUCCUGACAAUCUGUGCUAUGUUAUCUGUGAACAAUGCUGUGUUUUACCGACCAAAAGACAAAGUGGUGCAUGCAGACACAGCACGUGUGAAUUUCUUUCGGCCUGGAGGUGAUCAUUUGACUCUGUUAAAUGUGUACGAUCAGUGGGAGGAGACAGCUUUCUCCACGCAGUGGUGUUACGAAAACUUUAUUCAGCACCGAUCCAUGAAAAGGGCUCGCGAUAUUCGUGACCAGUUGGAAGGCCUAAUGGAGAGAGUAGAGAUUGAGAUCUCUACAAAUCCUGGAGACUCAGUGGCCAUUCGUAAGGCAAUUACAGCUGGGUUCUUUUACCACACUGCUCGAUUAGACAAGGGAGGUAAUUAUAAAACUGUCAAAUAUCAUCAAACAGUAUUGGUUCACCCGAACAGCAGCAUGUUCGAAGAUCGACCUAAGUGGCUCAUUUACCAUGAACUGGUGUUCACAACGAAAGAAUUCAUGAGACAGGUGAUAGAGAUUGACAAUUCAUGGCUACUUGAAGUUGCACCACAUUACUAUAAGCAGAAAGAGUUGGAGGACACAUCGAAGAGGAAAAUGCCAAAAGGAGCUGGCAAAUCUCGAGAGGAGAUGACAAGGACUUAUUAAUUAUUGAUGUGGAGAGAGACAAGAGAGGAUGAGAGAGAGCAUUACUGACAAGGACCUGUUCUCAUUGCUUUUUCUUGUGUCUGUGUAAAUAAACUUGCUACAUUAUUGAAGCACUGGAAAUAACAUACAAUCAUGUACCCCGUUGAUAUGUUGACAUAUUCUGUGUAUGGUACAUCCAUUGUAGUUACAUUUGUCAUUCCUUCCAGACCAGAACUUUUUCUGAUUAUUCAUAGUUUUGAAAUCAUUUCAAUAAUAAAAACUCAAAAAUGGUACAAUGGA